AUGAGAGUCACUGGAACUUGCUACGGCAAUAUUGAGCUAGGUGGAAAUUCUGAAGGAAACAGGUCAAGUUUGUGGUCUCGGUUUUACUGUGUAAUAGUGCUACUGGGUCAGUGGGGUCUUGCAGUGCAAGCAUUAACAAGUCUUUUCAUCGAAGGGACAUCUGAAAUGACAAACUUUUACCUGCUACUUAUCUACAGCAUAUUUUAUCUACAAUGCGCAGUGGUCGCGACAAUCAGCGUAUCAAGAUUUUCGAAAAGGCAACAUGAAUCACAUUUUACACAACUUACAGAAAAACUUAAGACAGAUGCAGUCGCUUUCGAUGGUCUUAAAAUAGCAUCAAUGACGAGAGUAUUGCUUUUGGCAUAUUUAUUUUCCUUAGUUAACACUAUUGCCCUUUCACUAAUAGAUUUCUACGGAAAUGUGUCAAUAGCAAGGUACAGACCAUGGAAUGGCUCAUUUCUUUGCCGAUUUUUUAAUUUAUUUUUCGGAUUUUUCGCCAGCUGCUCAUGGUCUUUUCCGUUUGUGCUAUUUUGCGCAACAUGCGAGCCUUUAGCUGAAAUGUUCAACGCCCUGAAGAAGAAAGCGGCAUCGGAAAACAGUCUGUGUCUUCCCAUUAGCUCUUUGAGAAAGGAACACCAAAAACUAUGUGAAAUAGUCGCUUUGGCAGAUGACGUAUUUGCACCUUUACUUUUGGCAACAUUUAUUUCGGACAUACCUCUAAUUAGCAUCAACUUACAUCGGCUAGUUAAAUCCCCUAGCUCAAGUAGAGAAGAGAUCACAUUUGUCUUGACCAUUGUUUAUUGGUGCUUGAGCGUGGCGACAAAAGUAACUAUAAUUUUAAAGUAUGCGGCAAAAGUAAACGAGAAGGUGGGUCUAUUUUGACUUUAAAUUUAUGCUAUUUUUAUUAAUUCAUUUUUUUUUCUUAAAAAUGUACACUGUUACAUGACUUAUCAUAAAAUAAGUUGUGAGCUCCUUCGAGAAAUAAGCUUUUCUCCUGACCAGUUAACAGUCGUUGAUUCUGAUUGGACGGCCCGCGAUAGAGUGAUAUCUUCAUUUGCACUGGAAAGCACACAGUGAAACACAACUUCGGUUAUAUCUCCUCAGAUUUAAACAGGAAAUGUAAAAAAAAAUUGGCACAUUAAUAAUUCCACUGGAAAAUUCGUAAGUAAAGUGAUUUGCCGUUGCAAAAAUCAGCGAAAAUACAGAUAAAAAAAAUAAUAAUGAUAAUAAUAAACGAAGAGACGAAGGGGUCCUGAAAUACAAAACUAAACAAUUAGAUGAAGUCAAUCGGGGAAAUAAGUAACAUUUGGAAAGGUGUUCAGAACUUGAACUACUGAUGGUUUCAAUGGUAACAACGAAAGUGUUUAGCCUUGUAAUAUUUGUAAUUUCGUGCAUCUUAAUCCACAAUUACAAAACUAAAUGUCUGAUUUUUUUCAAUUUCAAAGAAAAAAAUGCGUUUUAAAAACAACAACAAUUUAAAAAGGGAAAAAAAUGACAAAAGUGACAACCACUUUUGAAAUGACAAAAUCUUUGCAAUGUUUCCGAUAUAUCUUUUUUUACAGUCAAAGAUGAAGCUAAAGCAAAUAUCUUUCCUUAACAAUAAACAUUAAAUGAGUCGAAAAAAUCAAGAAAUGAUGAACUUAAGCUAAAUGCUUCGAGUUCUUCUUGAGACAACAAGCAAAUCUAAACCCUUUUAAAUUUGUCACCAAUGUCAUAAAGUACUUUGUCUAUCAAUCAAAAUUGUGGUUUCCUUUUUAUUUAAAGCUUUGGCUAUAACAUUAGUGACUUCUUCCAGCGAAAUCCCUAUAAACACGUACAGUAUGUUGCCCAGUAUCCGGACACUUCAGUUUAAGAUUGCAAUAGCUUUCCUUUGUUAAUCGCAAGAGCUCUCAAAUUUGGCCCAGAGAAAAUCUAUUUAGUCCUUAAUAUGACGAGAGACAGUUAAACUUUUUUGCCUUUGUUUCCAUCGCGAAAUUAAUAUUUUUGCAGAAUUCCUAUGUUGCCCAGUAUCCGGACAGAUGGCCCAGUAUCCGGACACAACAAUAACAACGUAAUUGUACAUAAAUUUCGACAGGCAAGAGACUUAUAAGCUUCUCUUGCACUUGCAAAGUAGUCUGGCAAUCGAUUCCAAAAAUAUAACGUAGCAUCGUGAAAUAAAAGGACAAAUGACUGGGGUAUGGUGGGGAACGCGAGCGGCUUUAUUAAAAAUGGUAUAAUUCUCACUUCCUUGUCUAGGAACUUUUUCACUGAUUUAAGGAAGGCAUCCGUGGACAUGCCGAAGCCGCAGUUUGCAAGCUCAAUUAGCCAAUCUGCAAACGACUUUUUUUCUUCAUUUUUUAUUUAAAAAAAAAAAAGCUUGGAGAAGGGACCUCAAAGGGACUCUCCUAUUUAGUCUGACCUGCAGUGUUGAUUUCUUCAUGCUCAGUCCCCACAAUAAGCGCGCUUUUCUAGCACAAAUUCCUCCUUCUUUCACAUCUCUCAAUCUCUUUGUGACAUUUUUGAGACCGUUGCAACCCCAUAGCAGUCACAACUGGGGUAAAUAUGAGAAUUCCAGGUUCAACUCAGACGCUUUCGGUUAUAUAUAGAAAAUCCAGUCACGCGAAACAAGCCGUGCACACGAAAUCAAGUCGCCUCUGAAUGAGUGAAGAAAAUUUCCUUACGGAGUUGAGUAGAAUUACAUUUUACGACUAUAUCAUAUAUCCUAAGCUUUAAUUAUAGUUACUGAUAUGAAAUAAAUCUUAUCCGGAUAAUGUACACAGCUAAUUCAUCGAUUCUGUACAGCAAAGAAAAAACUGUCCGGAUACUGGGCACCUGACAUCAAUACUUAGUGAAUGUUUCUGGCCUCCGUUAUUCCAAACAAAUCGAAUUUCAAGAAGAAUUAAUAAACUUUCUCAAAACCUGACUUCCUUAAGUAUCUUCACUUUAAAAAUAAAACAGUUUCUUUGAAAGUAUCACACAUUACCCUCCCUUUUCUGAGCAGCACUAAUUUUACUGCGCAGUAAACAGCGUAAAUACUAGCCGUGAAAAGUCUAUUCACCUGAUCAGAACAGCGUCUUCUGCGACUGUUUCGCAAGCUUUCAAAUCGCCAAAACUUUCAUCUUAAAGCUGAAAUGUUCAGCUUUCAUUCGAAAUACUUCGUUUACCGAGAACUGAAAAGGGCGCCUCAAAAUUUGAGUGUCCGGAUAUUGGUACCAUCCGGAUACUUGGCAACAUACUGUAAUCCUGGUUUGCCCAUUUGGUGCCAUAGAGGGACCCAUAUGACAAAGUGUGCAUGCUAUGUUAAAUUAUCGUUGGCUUCACUUAGCUUUGCAAAAAUGACUGAUAGCAGACUGGAACGUUUUAGAUUUUCUUGUCUCUAUGAUUAAACAUCAAUUAAAGGAGGAUAUGGGGAAGAACAAAAUUUGGUCGUAGAAGUUUACUUGUGAAACUAGAAGAUAGUUUCCCAAUAGUAUUCUUCAGUCAAAUCCGAGCCUAAAAAGCUCAUUACACAUCACAUGUCAGACCCGAGGGAAACAGAGAGUUUUGUUUUUUACCGAGAGCCCUAAUGUUUCCCGAGACGAAGUCGAGAGAAACAUCAGGACUCGAGGGAAAACAAAUCUAAUUUCCCGAGGGAUCUGACAUUAAGUGUAUUGUUAUAUGUCUAGACUUUCACUUCAACUUACUUCAACAGCAACAAAAGAAUACGCUUAAGGGGAGCGAAUCAAAACAGUCGACUCAGUACUUAUAAGAACACAAAUUUAAUUCCCAAAACCACUGAAAGAGUGAUUUACAAAGCACGUUUCUUAUAUCAUCUGCAUCUUUUUUCUCCAUUAGCUGCCGUUGUUCCUCUGGGAUAACUUUGAAAAUCGCUGCGUUUUAGCUUGAGGCUUCAUAUUUGGGUUGUUGUGUUCAGUCACGAAAAAGAAAACUGGCAGGACCCGCCAGUGUUUUUUCCGCCUUCUAUCGAGCCCCUUUCCAACAUGCUUUGAUCACGUGCUGUAAUGUAUCCUGAGCGGGGUACGUUGCUUAAUGUAUCACGAUCGGGAUACAGUCGAUUUUAGUCAAGGCCAUGUGAGCAAGAAUCAGCCAAUGGCAGUCCCUGUUUUGUUGAGUGAAAGUCUAGGAAUAUAACAAUAUCAAUUGUUCCAUGUCUUAAUUAUCUUUUCUUUUUCUUUUUUCAAUUUUUUUUUUCUUCUUCUUUUUUUUUUGGCAGAUUCAUAGCUUCGAUGGUACAUUGCAACAGUUAAGUGGAUCGGACUUGAAAGAACACUUGGAGGUACCCUUGCAUUCUUAAAAAAACGAAGCGCCUUGCUUUCCCUUAACAUAUAACGAAAUGGCAUUAACGUUUUUUUAGAAAGGUCAUUAGCAUAAGCACAAAUUCUUUUAACACAUCAGUACUUUAACGAUACACAUGUAGCCGCAAUAAAGUAGGAAAUACUGCGGUAACAUGGCAUUUGUUUGUUUGUUUGUUUUUGUAACCCGGGCAUCUAUAAAAACAAUCUUACAGUAUCUGUUUAAACAUCACAUUAAUUAAUCCAGAGCUGAGAAACGGAGGGUUGAGGAAGCAUUUCUUUUCCGCAAGAAAAACAUGAAAUAAUGAAUAUUUAAUAUGACUGAGAUAUUGCUUUACAUUCAGUUGCCCCAGCACAGUUACUCAAGAGGUUGCCUCUUAAAAGCAGGCAUCUACCGAUCUGCUACGUGUUAUUCCAGAGUACUAUACAAUUAGUUAGCACUUUUGAAUCCAUGGAGAAAUGAAGAAGUUGUGAAAGGGUGAAAUCACUUCAAGAUUAUAAUUUAGCCAGAUAUAUAUCUGUGUGAUUUUGCUAAAAGGUGCCCGCUAAGUUUUCGCUUAAACACGGGCAUCGCCCGUGUUCAAGCCAGCGUAUACGGAAAAAAACCAGGGCGCUUGCUGUGUUGCUAGGUGUCAGCAGAGAGCGCAGGUCCAGAACUAUUCUUGGGUGGGUGGCUGACUUGUUUUGUGUGAAAACCAGGGGGGUAGGAAGGGGAGAUUUGCUAGCCUGAUGGUAGUCUUUUGAUUUUCAGCUGCUGCAAUUUCUAAUGUAUCUUCGUGGAGAUCCAGUAGGAUUGUCUGUGGGCGGAUUAGCUGUAAUAGAUAAGAACUUUGGACUGUCGGUAAACCGAUUUUCCUUUUAUUUACAUAUUUUAUUUAACAGCUGUUCAGGGAAAUACGUACUAAGUACUUCCAGUGCUGUACAUGACGUAUGAAGUUAACGCCUCGUUCAUGUCUGUUUGUCUCAGUUAUUAAUGAACAGGCCUAAGUUGGAAACAGAUAACUUAAAGAGCCACUUUGACUGUCCUACAGACAGGACAAUCCCUCUAUUACGAUUUUGCUACAUUUUGCUGUCAAUUUUAACAAAUAUUGUGGUCUUCUAAAGAAUCUUGAGAAAGACUUAAAUAGUGUCUAGUGAUAUUUACAGCUGUUUUCAUAUCGAUUAAACCAUUUGCUCGACAUGGACUAGAUUCAUUUACACUUUCCCUUUCAUGUAAUUGUUCUUAUUUUUGUUAGCGUUUACAUGCAGCAAUCCCUUGCUCAGAACUCACUCUAUCUUACUUUUAGACUUGCCUACAAGUCGAGCUCAAAUUUUUUCAUGAGCGCGAAGCGCGAGCGAUAGGUUUUUUACGUUUUCUGCGGCAAAAGCGAGCGAGAGAGCGGGAGCUCGACUUGUUCCCCCUGCAAAAAAUCGCAUCAAGUGACGUCAUUUUGUCGCGAACUAUUUGCAUCCCUGUCGGAUGUGUUGUCGCGUGCGUGUGUCGUCGCGAGCAGUCAAAGUAUGUCAAAACAAGUCCGAACCAUGAAUCGUAAUUUCAAUCAAAACAGUUCGAGUCACAUAACAUGUGGCGUGAUCGGGUUUGAUUGACGGCGCAUCAGUAAAACCGUUCGUGAUUGGAUAAAACCUACAGGAGGAAAAUUCCUCCUGUAAAUUUUGGCGCGCUGCAGGUGAUAAACGUCCUUCAUGCAGGGGCCAACUAUCGGAACCGGAAAUGAGAAGUUAAGGACUUUGAGAAAGUCUAUCUUAUUCUGAAAGUUGAGAUCAGUUCCUUGCCCCGGACGUGAGAGAUCUGGGUUCGAAAUAAGUUUCAAUAUUGAUCUCACAGCCUCUAAAGCUACUAAGUAGUUACAUAAUGCCAAAUUUCAAAAUCUAAAUAACCCAAUCAAUUUAAAGUAUGUCUUCAAAACAAAUUUAAAGGUGAGAAAAUAACAUGACAUGAUUCGCACAUUUUGCUUGAAAAUCAUCAUUUUUUGUUAAACUUCGCAAAUCAUUUUUUUUCUUUUUAUCCUAUUAUUAAGCUCAAUAAUAAUCUUCAGGCUUCAGUAUGUUUGGCCAUAAAGACUUGUUUCUUGAGCUAACAGCUUUUAAAGCGACAGAGGCGCGUGAACUAACUUCAAGGCUUUCUUUCACUUCUAUAACAAUUCACCUUCUCUCUUUUCUCUCUUUUUUUUCUAGGUCGUUGGAGUUGUUAUUUCCUACUUCACAGUGUUAAUAUCUCUACCAGGUUAACGUAUUCUAUUCUGAUACAUGCAAGUCCCGUAAGAUGACGAUAACAUGAAAAAUGUAACCUAUCAAUUUGUGGUAUAUAUUUUUCUUCUUCUACCAGCAAUGAAAAGGAAGUGGAAUUUGAUAAACUUGCGGUUUACUAGAAAUAUCGUUUUACAGAUAUGA